CUUGUUAUGAUGCUGCUUGGAAAUUGAAAAAACCUAGUAUUGGAAUUAGUUCCUGGUUGACUCCAAGGUUGUAUUCUCCUUAUAAAUCCGAUCCAAUGUUUGGAUGUCACGCGAAUAUGGAACAUGAAUCUUUUAUUGAAAGAUUUCGAUGUGCUAUCAUUACACCCCUAAGAAUCAUUUACAAAUCGAGAGAUUAUAUGAUCGAAUUGAAUGAAAUUAGAUCUACUGUAGGCGUUGCUCCUACUUCUAACUCAAUAGAAAGAAUAAAAGAUACCUUAUUUUUUGCUGACACAUUUUUUGGUUUUGAAACUCCAAGCCAUCUACCCCCUCUUGUUCAAGAAAUUGGUCCUGUAAUGCAGGACGAAUAUGAAUCAAUAACUCCUAUUCUAUCCUCAUUUCUCACGAAACAUAAACGAACAAUACUUGUCGCAUUUGGUACUCAUGUGUAUAUCACUCCUGAAAAUAUUGGAAUCUUGCUUCAAUCCUUUAUCGAGGCAAUCGAUCGUAAAGUAAUUGAUGGAAUAAUCUGGGCGCUUGUGCAAAUCUCUCAUGAUGAUAUUCCUUCGACUAUAUCAUUAUCUGAUGGUUCCACUAUAUCAACUGAUGAAAUUCUAAAUAAUCAAAAUCCUCAUAUUCAUGUUUCUCAGUUCGUACCACAAUUUGCACUUUUAAAUCAUACAAAUGUCAAAGUAUUUUUAUCUCAUGCGGGUAAAGGAAGUUCACAUGAGGCUUUAUACUCAGCAACUCCAAUGUUAAAUUUACCAAUAGCUUUUGAUCAAAUGGGAAAUGCAGAAGCAUUAGAAACUGCUGGUGUGGCUUUAACCUUAUCGAAACUUAAUCUUCAAGUUGAAGAUAUAAUUUCGAAACUUGAACAAUUGCAAAUUGAUGAAAAUAUUCAGAUUAAUUCUAGAAGAAUGCAGGUAUUGGCAAGGAUUAAUAGCAAGAGAAAAUAUAGAGCUGCUGAUAUGAUUGAAUUUCUUUUAUUGGCUUCUCAACUAGUACCAGAAAAAGGUGGUGAUAUUGGUGAUACUAAUGCUAGUCAAAUAAUAACUGAUGAUAUUAUUGUGACGAGAAAUGAUUUUACAAAUUCAUAUUUGAAUGAAUUAAUCACACCAGACACGAGAAUGGGUUUUAUUCGAGGCAAGUACCUUGACGUGUUUGGUGUAUUAUUUGGUGGAAUUUUGAUUAUUCUAGGUAUUAUAAUUUGGAUUGUUUGGUUCGUCGCAAGUCUUUUUGUAAAUAGUGUUAUAAAUUUGAUAGAAUCUUUGAUUGGAUCAAAGAUUAAAGAAGAUUAA